AUGGCGAAUAUUCAUCUUACGUGUGAAGCUGUAGUGAACAUUUGUGUUUUUUUAUUGGACUCAUCUGGUAGUUUGAGAAAAUAUUACCAAAAUGAAAAAGACUUUUUAAAGUCUGUAAUUUCUGUUUUCGGUGUAAGCUUCAAUGGUACAAGAGCCGCAGUGAUUACAUUUAGUUAUCAUGCUCAACUCAGUAUAAAGCUAAACAAGUAUAGCAACUUGAACAGCUUCAAGAAAGCAGUUGAUAAUAUUGUGCUGAUGGGUUCCACAACGAGAAUAGACAAAGCCCUUCGUCUGGCUCAGAAAGAAGUGUUUGAACUAGAGAACGGUGCUAGACCUGGAGUUGCAAAAAUUCUCUUUUUAUUAACAGAUGGCUCCCAAACCAAGGAACGCGGUUCGGAAAAUCCAGUUGUUAUUGCAAAUAAGUUGCGCUCAACUGGUGUUACCAUUAUUGCCAUAGGUAUUACAAAUGCUGUUAUUGUAAGUGAGUUGUCUGAUAUUGCUGAAGAAAAAGAAAACGCUUAUGUUGCCGAUUCGUUUGCAAAACUUAAAGACAUUAGUUUUUUACGUGUCAUUAAAAAUAAGUUGUGUGAACAGGUUAGUCAUAAAGAUGGAAAAAUGUUUAAUUAA